CUGUUUGGUUUGUAUUUCCGCGUUCACGCACGGAGCUGGAUGAGCGUCCGCGGCCGCUCUCUGCCUGCCUUUCACGCCGCGGAGCCGCGUCGCCGUGCGGGGGGAAUCGAUCGCAUCGCCCGGUGGAGCCACGCCGCCGCAGCGCCAUGCUCACGCGGGUGAAAUCGGCGGUGGCCAAUUUUAUGGGGGGCAUGAUGGCUGGCGGCAACAACGGGGACCAUCCCGGCGGCUCGGACCUGCCGCUCAAAUACCCCUACAGCAGACCGGAGUUCCUGGGACUGUCCCCGGACGAGAUCGAGUGCUCGGCGGACCACGUCGCGAGACCGAUCCUCAUCCUGAAGGAGACCCGGAGGCUGCCGUGGUCCACCGGCUACGCAGAGGUAAUCAAUGCAGGGAAGAGCACACUGAACGAAGACCAGGCCUGCUGCGAGGUCCUGGUGGUCAAGAGGCGACCGGCAGGAUGCUCCACCCCCAACCGAACGCCCACGGCCCGCAGGAGGUCUUCCCUGCCCAACGGCGAGAACCUGAGCAUCCGGGAGAACCCGGACAGCUCUGAGGAUCUAACCUUCCACUACUGGGCGCUGUUCGACGGCCACGCCGGCUCCGGGGCGGCCGUGGUCGCCGCCCGCCUCCUCCACCACCACGUGGCGCUGCACCUGCAGGAGGUGAUGGAGAUCCUGUGCUCCCCCGGCCUGCUGCCGCCCACCUGCCUGGGGGAGGAGCCCAUCAACCACCACCUCACCGUGACGUCCCAGCGCGCGCUCACCAGGGCCGCGUCGCUCCGCGGCGCCGCCGGCGCUCCGGGGUCGCCCAGCACGCCGCCCACCCGCUUCUUCACUGAGAAGAAGGUCUCGCACGAGAGCCUGGUGAUCGGCGCCAUCGAGAACGCCUUCAAAGACAUGGAUGUGCAGAUAGAGAAGGAGAAGUCGGUCUACAACAUCUCAGGAGGAUGCACCGCUCUCGUGGUCGUCUAUUUACUCGGGAAACUCUAUGUCGGGAACGCCGGAGACAGCAGAGCCAUCAUCGUCCGGGCCGGGGAGGUCAUCCCCAUGUCGGCGGAGUUCACGCCCGAGUCGGAGCGGCAGCGGCUGCAGUUCCUGGCCUACAUGCAGCCCCACUUGCUGGGGAACGAGUUCACACACCUGGAGUUCCCCAGGAGAGUGCAGAGGAAGGAGGUGGGGAAGAGGAUGCUGUACCGGGACUUCACCAUGUCGGGAUGGGCGUAUAAAACCAUCGAGGACGACGACCUGAAGUUUCCCCUGAUCUACGGCGAAGGGAAGAAGGCUCGUGUUCUGGCCACCAUCGGCGUCACCAGAGGUCUCGGCGACCACAAUCUCAAAGUGCACGACUCCAACAUCUACAUCAAACCCUUCCUGUCCUGCUGCCCAGAGGUCAGAGUUUACCCGUUGGCGCAGUGCGAGCACGGAGCCGACGACGUCCUGGUGCUGGGAACCGACGGCCUGUGGGACGUCCUCUCCAACCAGGAAGUGGCUGAAGCCGUCACUUGUUUCCUGACCAACUGCGACCCCGACGACCAGCACAGGUACACGAUGGCGGCUCAAGACCUGAUCAUGCGAGCUCGAGGGGUGCUGAAGGACCGAGGCUGGAGGAUCCCCAACGACAGACUGGGCUCCGGAGACGACAUCUCGGUUUUCAUCAUCCCCCUCGCUUACGGCAACAAGCAGAGCUAGACGGAAACACGACCCCGCUGCGACGCCCCCACUUCACCCUGCAGCUUCCCUCGUCCCUCCUGGUCUUUCUAUGAAAAAAACAAAAAAAAAAAAAAGUGCUUUAGUGUGGAUUUCCUCCUUUCCUGAGGGAUCCAAGAUGUUUCUGGUCAGAGAUGGAAUUUCUGUCCAGGUUUUCCUGUUCAUCAUCAAUCAGGGCGAUUUCUUUUUUCUUUUUUCUUUUCCUGCUCUUUUUGAAAGAAGCCGAAUCAUGAAGAGAGCUGCUGAAGAGCCAAACUACUGAUGUUUUUUUUUUUUUUUUUUUUUUUUGCUCCAGUGUUCAGGAAGUCAUCAUGAACUUUGCUGUGGAGCAAGGGGUUGAGAGUUCGAACGCACGCUGGACGGCUCCGUGACGUGCAUCUCAGGAUUCCUGCUAACGGCUAAUGCACAUUUCACAUGGAGCGUUUGACUGAACAUCUGUAGAGAGGAGGAGGAGCCCGACACCUGCUGUCCUGUACAUACCGAUCAUACCUCCCCUGUCGCAUGUCGGCUCUCCAUCAAUCUGCUGCGGGGCUCGUCCAGCAGCAGGACAACAUUCCCAUGUGUGUGGAGAGCCGUGUUUGGAUUUAUGUUUGAAUAUUUGGUAUUUUGUGCGUCUAUAAUGACGUUUAUUAAUGCAUACUGAGGAUUAGUGCAUCGGCAGAGUUGUUUGUGUAAUCGGUGCCUGUCUGUCCACAGUCUGGACUCGCGGGCCAGCUUCCCAGGUCCUGUACUGUUUCAUUUCAAACCAGUAAGCACUGCUGCGGCGCUACUUCAGUGUUAAGAAGGUUCUAUAGUUGAGGCGUUAAGAUUAGACUUGCACAAAUCACACUUACACACACAUUUCGAUGCUGGUAUACGAGUGUGUUCGUGCACAGACCUGCGUAUGCACUAAAAACUCAUCACAGACACAGAAAUAUCGUUUUGCACACAAAUACUGAAAUGCACACUUUCAAUUUCAUGCACACACACACACACACACGUCAUGUCACCAGGACAGAAGCCCUGCGAGGUUCAGUUCUCUGACAGGAGCCACUUCUAGCUGAAGAUACACCGACGGCUGUGUCUGAUGGCGCCGCUCUCUCCGCCCAGCUUCGGCGCUGAAACCAGACACGGAAACUCAGAAGGAAGAAGACUUUGUGUUGCACGUAUUCCUCAUCAGCCUCAUUACCGUCUCCCUUUUUUAUUCUUUUAAUGAUAUGCCGUCGAUGACUUUCUUUAUUAGCCGUUUGCAUGCGAGAUCAGGCGCGUCGUCAUCCCACUACCUGUGCCAUUAUGAAGUCACGUUGUCCGAUUUUUAUAUUAAAACCUUCAAACCUUAGAUAUUAAAACCGUGAAUACAGGUGCCUCUAACAAUGUGAACUGCUUGACAUAGACUCAUCUCCAAGACAAGUUUGGUAGAAAACACUAACCUUUGUGCUGUAUGAUUCAGUAUCUCUUCUCUUUUUUCUUUUUUUUUCAUGUUGAUUAAAACUGCUUGUCCAGCAAUACUUUGUAUUUAGAAUAAUUGCUGCACAAAUGACUGGAUCCAGUGAAACAUGGUACAGAGUAACUUAAUUUAUUGUAAAAUAUGUAAAUAUCGUUUUCGGUUCUCUCCAUUCUUUUACUGUAAGCGAUGUACAUCUUACUGAAAUCAAAUCAUGUAAUUUGUACUGUUUUAGAAACUUAGCAACGUUGUAAAAACUUGUUUUUGAACUUUUUUGCCCUAUUAAAGAAUUACAGUUUCUGA